AUAAUUUUAAUGUCAACUCCAAUCAAUAAGAGCCAUCAUUCAUUUCUGGGAUAGUUACUUAUAUAGUACAACCUUGUUUGCCCUUUAAACUGACGGUUUCUCUUCAAAAGUGCAUUUCAAACAACACUGAAAAACUGGAGUUGAUUCGUGAUUAAAAAUGCAACACGGAUUUACUGUACCAGUUGACAUCAUAGGAGAUUAACACUAGAUGGUGCCGUUUAGUUACAUGCUGCCUUACGUCAACGUCAACCACUCUGCUGUUGGUAAUAGACUGACUAGAGAACAAACACAAAAUAAAUAAAAUAUUAAACCAUCAACAGGUUAUCUGCCUAGAUAUUUUAAUAUGCCACUAGGAGUGUAUACAGACUUUGUGCUUAUAUUUUAUUUCCUUUAAGUUUGCAAUUUUUUUUACAUAUGUAUAUGUUGUAUAAAAUGGGAAAAUACUAUACAAAUUAAAGGGACGCAACCUGCUGUUUAAUUCCAAAAAACACUUUUUAUAUAGUGUGAUCGCAUGUGUAUAUUUUGUGUUGCAUUUAAAAUGUAAAUUUUUUGGUGUUUUCAACACUGCACAGCUCCUUUUGUCAAAUCACCAACUAAUCUACUUAAUUAUACCAAAAUGUUCAGCAGUUAUCAAAUGCAUUUCUCCUAUUGUAUCAAUCAUGUAUCUCUUCACAUCUGUGUUUUUUUUCCGUUGCUCCUGCAGUAACCUAAUCCUGUUUUCGUACGUCUGAGUCUCACCAGUCAGCUGACCAGACGAGCAGCCAACAAGAUGACUGAUCAACUGUCAGUGCUGUUUUUACUGCUACAAUUCUGGGCCAGACGGAGACGCAGCUGAUGGAAGAAUCAAGUAGACAAGAACAGACGAGAACGGGGGAGGUCAUGUGCAGGCGAAAAGAGAAGUAAAGUAAGAAUAUGACAGCAGGGGAGGAAAAAAGCAAAGAAGUGAGUGAUAGGAGUCAGUCAGAUACGGAGAUUGAACACUAACAUGUCACAUGUGAGCACAGUGGCGUUGCCAAAGGAAGGCUCUAUUUUUAGAGGCGGAAUGUACACAGAGGCCUCGUGGAAAGGGACCAUAACAACAAACACAACGUGACACACUCCUACAAAGAGACAGAUCCAUCUGAGCAACACACAGUUACAACGCAUCGACGCCAGAGAAAAGAGGAGGGAAGAUAGGAAAAAUGGCAGCACAUAUUUCCUACUGAUAUCUGGCUUUGAAUACAAAACACAGAAGGAGAAAUAGGAGGAACAGCAUGGAUCAACCGUCAGUCCAAGUUUUCCACUACAAAGACAAAGAGCAGAGCUCCAACCUGCUCCUGCAGCUCAACGGUCUGAGACAGGACGGAAUCCUCACAGACGUGUUACUCUGCUCUGAGAACACAGAGAUCCCAUGUCACCGCAACAUCCUGGUCUCCAGCAGCCCCUACUUCAGGGCCAUGUUCUGCAACAACUUCAGAGAGAGGGAGCAGACCAGGGUUGACCUGAAGGGCGUCACCUCCACCAUCCUCAGCUACAUCAUUGACUAUGUGUACACUGGACUCAUUAGUAUCAGCAUAGACAUUGUGCUUCCUCUGAUGGAGGCCGCAUCCAUGCUGCAGUACGGCCGUCUUUUUGAGGCCUGUUCCACUUUCCUCCAGGGUCAGCUGAGCCCGGACAACUGUCUGAGUAUGAUAAGACUCUCUGAGAUCAUGAACUGCAACAGUCUGCAAGGCAAGGCAAAGGAGAUGGCCAUGAAGAGCUUUUCAGACGUGUCAACCUCUGAGGACCUGUGUGAGCUCUCCUUACCCGAGCUCCUCAGAUACCUGGAGGACGAUGCUCUUUGUGCAGAGGAGGAGCAGGUCUUUGAGACACUCGUUGCUUGGAUCCAUCACGAUCCUUUAGCCAGACGCGGCGCUAUAUGUGACCUUUUCAGAAAAGUUCGCCUUCGACACAUUCACCCCACCUACCUCUUCCAGUUCAUAGCCAGUGAUCCUCUGAUCCAGUCUUCCACUCUCUGCACUGAACUUAUUGACUGUGUGAGACGCCUCAUGUUUUCUGUCAACACAAAGUGCAUCGAUGACACCGCAGUUGACUUCAAACCUCUUUGGGUGGCACCACGGAGAUACACCUGCAGUGACAUGUUGGUGGUGGUGGGUGGGAGAAAGAACAACGAACAGACCUCCAGAGAUGCCCUGGUCUACAGUGAAAACAGCCAGACGUGGCAGUGGCUGGCCAAGUUGCCCGUCCGCCUUUACAAGGCCUCGUACGUUGCCCUUCACAGUGUCCUGUACGUCAUCGGAGGCUUGACCACCAACACAGAGCAAAGCCAGGUCCGUAGGACUGUCUACACUCUGUCCCUCAAGACCAACCAGUGGAGAACGGCGGAGCCAAUGCUGGAGCCGCGCUUUGCUCACCAGAGUGUCUCCUACCUGCACUUCAUCUUUGUCCUGGGUGGACUUGGGCCUGACAGAUGCAUCACAGACAAAGUAGAGAGGUUCAACAGCAUGUUUAAUCAGUGGGAGUCCAUUGCGCCGAUGCCUGUGGCUACGCUGCACCCAGCAGUGGCUGCAACCAACCAGCGCAUCUACAUGUUUGGUGGAGAAGACCGUAUGCAGUACCCUGUCCGAUUAAUACAAGUUUAUCACAUCGCCAGGAACACGUGGUAUAAGAUGGAGAACCGAACUGUGAAGAACGUGUCUGCUCCAGCCGCUGUCUUGGAUGAUAAAAUCUACGUUAUAGGAGGGUACACCAGGAGAGUGAUUGCCUACGACACCAAGGCCAAUCGGUUUAUCAAGUGUGCCAACCUGAAGGAGAGGAGGAUGCACCAUUCUGCCACUGUUCUCAAUAACAGACUCUACAUCACAGGGGGACGUUACAUCACCGGCUUUGACGUCAUAGAGGACUCGGCAAAUUUCGAGUGCUACGAUCCAAAGACAGACUCUUGGACCUCUCAGGGGACACUGCCAUACAAACUGUUUGACCACGGGUCCCUGACUCUGACAUGUGUCUCACAGACAUGGGCAAAAUCGUGAUGGACGCAGAAGAGAAAGGACAGAAUAUUGAUUUUUUUUUUUUUAAGUUGAAAUGAUUUACUCACAUUAGAGUUACAUAGACUUUACUGGAACAUAGGAUUUAUACUUUUAUACUAAUUUUUAAAUUGUUUUUAUAAUUUAAUACUUUUUAUAAGGGACAGGUCACCUAUGCUAGAUUUCUUUUCAACCCAUCUGAAUUUAAAAAAGGCUGAAAGUGCUACUUUCAGCCUGUGUGUAACCUCAAUCAUGAGAUUUAACUUUGAACAUGUGUGGAAUGUCGUGUUCGGGCCCAAGUGAAAUCUCAGCUGAGACUGGACCUGCUGCCACGUCUGGUGGUAAAACGCUGUAUCAACUGAUUCAAAAUGUGAAAUAACAAAAGUUGUCAUUAGAUUCAAUACAUAAAUCUUUGGAACACUGAGCUCUCUUUGACAUCUCUGUGUCUCUACUGGAAGUGUGAAUAAUGAUUGAACUUUGACCUUAUAUGUGGCUUCAUUUACUGCAUGUUUAUGAAGUGAUUUUUACAUGGUUUCUUAUGUUUUUGUACUUGUGCUUUUUCCUGUAAUAAAAACUAAAUCAUUACCAUGUGUUCUGUCUACAUCCUACUGUUCGGACAAAUGGUUCCAACCUUUAAGUGCCAUCUGAGCAGCACGUGUGUGAGCAUGCACCAGUAACUUGAGCCAAUCACAUGGAACGAGUCCAAUGGGUUUAGACACAGUGAAAACUACCUGUUGAAUUAAAAGUAUAAGAACGGGGAAG